GAGAAACUUCUUUUAAAAAUGGAAAAAAUAAUUUUUAUCAUAUUAAUUUUAAUUAUUCUUGCUGAUUGUAAGACACUGACUGCACGAACAGCAAUAGAACCUAUUGCUGAUCCAAUUGUGGUAGAUGAUGUUGCAUUUUUUAAAAUCGGAACUUACAGAGGAUUCACAGAUGAAGGUUCAGAAUAUCAAAAAUCCUACUUUUUAUCAAGAUAUAGCACUGCCUUUUGGGCUGAAUCAAAAGCUAUUUGUAAAGCUUUUGAUCUAGAACUGGCAUCAAUGGAGACGCUAGCUGAAGCUCGUGCAUUAUUUACAAUGUGUGAAAAUCACAGUUUCUUAAGAACAUUAGGUUCUACUUGGAUUUGGGUAGAUGCUAUAGCUUUAACAGGAAAAUCGACAUCUGAUUGGUAUUGGACCAAGUCUGGAAAGAAAAUUUCAUAUCCUAUUCCUUGGUAUCCUGGAGGUCCAGAUACGGCAGAUCAGUUCUGCAUGGUAAUUGGAAAAGUUAACAUCAAUGCAAAGUUUGCAUUCAAUGAUGUCACAAACUAUCCUGCAUUUAUAAAACUUGGAACUUUUAGAGGAUUGACAGACAAUGGUUCAGAAUAUCAAAAAUCAUAUUACUUUCCAAUACAUUUUAGAACAAAUUGGGGAAUCGCAAAAUCACUUUGCUCAUCAUUUGGUUUAGAACUAGCGACAAUGGAAACACGUGCAGAAGCUGAUUCAUUUCUUGAUAUUGUAGAAUUUCAUCAAACCAUUCGAUCGCUUGGACUCAUUUGGAUUCUUAUUGACGGAAUUACUUCUGUGCCGAGAUCAACUACAGAAUGGUUUUGGAAAAAAUCUGGAAAUAAAAUCUCGUUUAUGCUUCCAUGGAAUCCUGGUCAACCAGAUUUUUAUAACAAUCGUGAACUUUGUCUUACUGUUGGUAAAGGAAAUCCUAGUCAUAGAUUUGGAUUCAAUGAUUGGCCUUGUUGGGAUACAGCAACACCAUUUAUAUGUCAAAAAAUUGAUUUUGUUAUGCAUUAAAUUGAGUUUGACUUAUAAAAUUUAAUCUUUUUCAUAAAUUUAUACUUUUAACAAAACUUUAACAUGCUUUAUACUGAAUACUAGUCACAACGACGC